UCACCGAAAAAUGAGGCUGUAAACAUGUUCUCAGCUGAAAAUGGGAGUGAGAAUGGAUUAUCACCUGAUGGUGAUCAUGAAGAGGCUGUUGGAUCCCCUCAAGAAGGGAAUAUAGGUGGUGUGAGGGUUGAAUCUCCGGGUGCAUUGUCACCAUGUACGAGAAAAAGACACGGGUUGAAGAAAUGGCGACGAAUCAAGAGAGAUAGUCUCGUGAAAGAUGGGGCGGGUACUGUUGAUAGUAGUAACGUUCUGAAACGCGGAUCGAUGGGUCAUGUUAAUCCUCCUUCUAAACCUGCAGACUUAUCUUCGAUUGAAACCAGACGGAGCAGUGAAGGCUCUGUUGGAUCUGUAAAUAUGGUGAACCAUCCAGGGGUAGUGAACGUUUUUUGUCCCGUUCCAGGAUCUGCAUCUAACAUAGCCCCAGUGAGGAUCAUAAUAGUAAGCUUAUCUCAAAGAGUUCAACAAGUGAAAAACCAGAUCGAUACCAUUAAGAAGGCUAGAAGGGAGAGGGUAGAAGCCGAGAAGGAAAAUCUUUCUUCAUGCUUGGAUUCAGACUUGAGAAGCAGUGAUUUUGUAUCUUCUAGUGAUGCAUUUUCUGUUGCUAACUUGGGAAAGCGGAGUGAGAGGUUGUUGAAUCGCAGUGGCGAAUUUAGCAAGGAGGGCCAGAAAUUCGGUGUGAAAGUUCAAAAUGGUCACAGAAACAAAAACGAAGAAAGAAAAGAAGCUGAAAAAGAAGACGUGUUUGUGUUUUGUUGGUUUUUCUCGGAACUAACUACACAAUUCAACAUGUAUGCAGAAGUUCAGAACUUCCGGGAGAUUGGGAGAGAAUCUACACCGCUUUAUUGCAACGUAUUUGAACUGGGGUCAUCUGAGGAACCGGCAAACAAUGGCUCAGCAACUUCAGAAUCAGAGGUACUGCUCGAGGCCAAGGAGGCAAAGAUCCGGGCAUUAGAAAACUCAAAGAUCGAAAAUGAACUCGAGGGCAUUUUCCAGAGAGAGAUGGAAGCUGAAAUCGAGCAUCUGUUGAUGACAAGGUCACUGGAAACAGCAAGAACUCCGAAGAAAAUGAAAGAAGACUCGGAACAGAAGCAUGGAAACAUGUCAAAAGGGAAAGCAUGGAAGUCUGGUAUUUGUUUCUUGAUCCAGUUGCUUUUGCUCGUCUGCAUGAUUAGGUGUUUCUUCUUGCAGUUCUUGCCCGAUUCUCAAAUCGUUAUACCAACUUUAAAAAAAAAUUGCUUUAAGCCCAUUGGGUCCAUGUCAAAUGCAAACCUUCCAAGGGAAUGA